AGCUGCACAUGCGGCAGCUCCCCUGCUCCGUUCCGCCCAGCCUCCGUUGCUCUGGAACGGGUCCCUGCAGCCCCCAGCCGAUGGCAGGGCAGUAGCCGCCUGUCAGGGGUCCUGAACGGCUGAGGCAGACGCGGCGGCUCCAGGGCCUCAGAGAGUGGGUGUCUCCGGAGGCCAUGGGCUACCCCGAGGUAGAGCGCAGGGAACCUCUGCCCACGGCAGCGCCGCGGGAGCGGGGGAGCCAGGGCUGCGGCUGUCGCGGGGCCCCUGCCCGGGCGGGCGAAGGGAACAGCUGCCGGCUCUUCCUGGGCUUCUUUGGCCUCUCGCUGGCCCUCCACCUGCUGACGUUGUGCUGCUACCUAGAGUUGCGCUCCGAGUUGCGGCGGGAACGGGGAGCCGAGUCCCGCCUUGGCCCCAGCACCCCUGGCACCUCUGGCACCCUGAGCAGCCCCGGUGGCCUCGACCCUGAUGGUCCCAUCACCCGCCACUUCGGGCAGCCAUCACCUCAGCAGCAGCCGCUGGAACCGGGAGAAACCACACUCCCCCCACACUCCCAGGACGGGCACCAGCAAAUACCACAUCUUUAAAGACCCAGAUAUGGAGAAUGCUGCUUGCAACAGCUUCUUGCCAAUGUGAAUGGCUUCUACAACAGAAUAGUCCGGAAUGGUUCCAUUGAGAUACUGUAUGUGAAAGGGCUUUGUAAGCAGCAAAGCAGUACAAAUGUAAGUCAUCAUCAUAUUCU